AUGGAGACCGGCGCUGGCCCACAUCCGCUGCGCCUGCUCGUUUGCCUGAUGCCACUUUCUCUUGCGUUGCUGCUGGGACCAGGGAGGCCCGGGACUGCCGAGGAAGUCAUCCUCCUGGACUCCAAAGCCUCCCAGGCUGAGUUGGGCUGGACUGCAUCGCCGAGCAAUGGGUGGGAGGAGAUCAGCGGCAUGGACGAGCACGACCGCCCCAUCCGCACGUACCAGGUGUGCAACGUGCUGGAGCCCAACCAGGACAACUGGCUGCAGACCGGCUGGAUCGGCCGCGGCCGCGGGCAGCGCAUCUUCGUGGAGAUGCAGUUCACACUGCGCGACUGCAGCAGCAUCCCUGGCGCCGCGGGCACCUGCAAGGAGACUUUCAACGUCUACUACCUGGAAACUGAGGCCGACCUGGGCCGCGGGCAUCCCCACCCAGGCAGCAGCCGGCCCCGCAAGAUCGACACGAUCGCAGCGGACGAAAGCUUCACUCAGGGCGACCUGGGGGAGCGCAAGAUGAAGCUGAACACGGAGGUGCGCGAGAUCGGUCCGCUCAGCCGGCGGGGCUUCCACCUGGCCUUCCAGGACGUGGGCGCAUGCGUGGCGCUGGUCUCCGUGCGCGUCUACUACAAGCAGUGCCGCGCUACCGUGCGGGGCCUGGCGGCGUUCCCAGCCACCGCGGCCGAGAGCGCCUUCUCCACGCUGGUGGAGGUGACCGGGACGUGCGUGGCGCACUCCGAGGGGGAGCCCGGCAGCCCUCCGCGCAUGCACUGCGGCGCGGACGGCGAGUGGCUGGUGCCCGUGGGCCGCUGCAGCUGCAGUGCGGGAUUCCAGGAACGCGGUGACAUCUGCGAAGCCUGCCCCCCAGGGUUUUACAAGGUGUCCUCGCGGCGGCCCCUCUGCUCGCCGUGCCCGGAGCACAGCCGGGCGCUGGAAAACGCCUCCACGUUCUGCGCCUGCCUGGACAGCUACGCGCGCUCGCCCACUGACCCGCCCUGGGCCUCCUGCACGCGGCCGCCGUCCGCGCCGCGGGACCUGCAGUACAGCCUGAGCCGCUCGCCGCUGGCGCUGAGGCUGCGCUGGUUGCCGCCGGCGGACUCGGGCGGCCGCUCCGACGUCACGUACUCGCUGCUGUGUCUGCGCUGUGGCCGCGAGGGCCCAGCGGGCGCAUGCGAGCCGUGCGAGCCACGCGUGGCCUUCGUGCCGCGCCAGGCCGGGCUCCGCGAGCGCACCGCCACGCUGCUCCACCUGCGGCCCGGGGCGCGCUACACCGUGCGCGUGGCGGCGCUCAACGGUGUCUCCGGCCCGGCGGCGGCCGCCACGGGAGCCACCUACGCGCAGGUCACGGUCUCCACCGGGCCAGGGGGGCCGUGGGAGGAGGAUGAGAUUCGCAGGGACCGAGUGGAACCCCAGAGUGUGUCCCUGUCCUGGCGGGAGCCCAUCCCCGCUGGAGCCCCUGGGGCCAAUGGCACAGAGUAUGAGAUCCGCUACUACGAGAAGGGUCGGAGCGAGCAGACUUACUCCACAGUGAAGACAGCCGCACCUGCGGUCACCGUCACCAACCUGAAGCCAGCGACGCGCUACGUGUUUCAGAUUCGAGCGGCUUCCCCAGGGCCCUCCUGGGGGACCCAGAGCUUCAGCCCCAGCAUCGAAGUGCAGACCCCAGGGGAGGCUGCCUCAGGCUCCAGGGACCAGAGCCCCGCAGUGGUUGUCACCGUGGUCACCAUCUCAGCCAUCCUUGUCCUGGGCUCUGUGAUGAGCGUGCUGGCCAUUUGGAGGAGGCCCUGCAGCUACGGCAAAGGAGGCCGGGACGCCCACGAUGAGGAAGAGCUGUAUUUCCACUUCAAAGUCCCGACACGCCGCACGUUCGUGGACCCCCAGAGCUGUGGGGACCCACUGCAGGCUGUUCACCUGUUUGCCAAGGAGCUGGAUGCAAAGAGUGUCACAGUGGAGAAGAGCCUGGGAGCAGGGCGGUUUGGGGAGCUCUGCUGCGGCCGCCUGCAGCUCCCUGGCCGCCAGGGGCUCCCCGUGGCUGUGCACACCCUGCGGGAAGGCUGCUCCGAUGCCCAGAGGCUCAGCUUCCUGGCCGAGGCCCUCACCCUGGGUCAGUUCGACCACAGCCACGUCGUGCGGCUGGAGGGUGUGGUCACCCGAGGAAGCACCCUGAUGAUCGUCACUGAGUACAUGAGCCUUGGGGCCCUGGACGGCUUCCUCAGGCGGCACGAGGGCCAGGUGGCGGCUGGGCAGCUGCUGGGGCUGCUGCCUGGGCUGGCGUCGGCCAUGAAGUAUCUGUCGGAGAUGGGCUACGUUCACCGGGGCCUGGCCGCCCGCCGGGUGCUGGUCAGCAGUGGCCUUCUCUGCAAGAUUUCCGGCUUCGGGCGGGGACCUCGGGACCGGGCAGAGGCCGUCUACACCACCAUGAGUGGCCGCAGCCCGGCGCUGUGGGCUGCCCCCGAGACGCUUCAGUUUGGCCACUUCAGCUCUGCCAGCGACGUGUGGAGCUUCGGCGUUGUCAUGUGGGAGGUGAUGGCCUUCGGGGAGCGGCCCUACUGGGACAUGUCUGGCCAAGACGUAAUCAAGGCCGUGGAGGAUGGCUUCCGGCUGCCGCCCCCCAGGAACUGCCCCUCCGCCCUGCACCGACUGAUGCUUGACUGCUGGCAGAAGGACCCAGGUGAGCGGCCCAGGUUCUCCCAGAUCCACAGCAUCCUGAGCAAGAUGGUGCAGGACCCAGAACCCCCGAAGUGUGCUGCAGCCGCCUGUCCGAGGCCUCCCACCCCCCUGGCAGACCGUGCCUUCUCCACCUUCCCCUCCUUUGGCUCUGUGGGUGCAUGGCUGGAGGCCCUGGACCUGGGCCGCUACAAGGACAGCUUCGCUGCGGCUGGCUAUGGGAGCCUGGAGGCCGUGGCCUCCAUGACUGCGCAGGACCUGGUGAGCCUGGGCAUCUCGUCGGCGGAGCAUCGGGAGGCCCUUCUCAGCGGGAUCGGCGCCCUGCGGGCACGAGUGCUCCAGCUGCAGGGCCAGGGCGUGCAGGUGUGAGCAGCUCUCACUCUUCCCCAGGGGGCUCAGACGCAGCCGGACAAGCCCCUGGGCAAGCUGCACUCCACUCGUGGGGAAGUGAGCUCCCUUCCUCCACCUGGGGCCGGUUUCCCCAUUUCACUGCUUACUCCUCCCACUUUCCCCAGUCUGAGCCCCUUGGCUGACUCAGCCCCCCUGGAGAGGGCCCUUGACAGAACAGCGGGAGGAGAAGCAGGGUCUGAGACACUGAGGUGGGGCUGGGUGGGCAGGAAAGACGUAGCUUUAAAUCACUGGGCUCCUGCCCUUCUGUCUUCCGCAUUCACUGGGGCGCUGGGCCUGACCCCUGACCCUGCAGACCCCUGGGCCAGCAGGCAGCGCACGUCCCUGCUGGGCUGUCAGUGGGCCCGGCAGUGACCACAGCUGCCUGGCAGCCUAUCCUGGAGGGGCCUGCAGGGGCAGGGUCCUCAGCUCCUGGUGCUGGGGCUCAGCCCUGUCUGGGCAUUGGUCCCGAGGCCCAGGCGGCAGAGGUGGUGCUGAGCUCAGGGGUCGGUUUCUGCCUCCCUUGCCGUUGGGCUGACAGCUCAGGGUGAGGGUCCCGGCGGUGGGGCCACACAAGGUCCUGGUGCUCCCUGAGGCCCCACUGGCCUCCCCUUUGCAUUCCUUUUGUAAACUCGCUGGCUGGACUCCUGGGAGGGACACGAGGGGAGAUGUUGUCUCCCCUGGGGGACCCCAGAGUGUGUUGUCCAGCCUGGGGGAAUGAUGACAGAGAGACUCUCAAAGACGGACCAUCUCUCUCUGGCUGGUCCAAUCCUCACUGUACGGGUGGGGAAGCCCGAGACCCAAUGAGGAGCCAGGACCAGGCCUGGGGCAGAGCCAGUUCGCCCAACUCCCUGCCCAGGGGUGAGGUCGGCUGUGGAGGGAGGCCUUGGUCCCACCCUGGAACACCACCACUCUUUCCCAGGGGAGCCAGGGCCACUGUGAGGGGAGCCCCGGGGGGCGCCCCAUCCCUGGCCGCCACCCAGCCUCCUCGGAGCACCUCCCCGCUCCGGCUUCCGUGGGCCUCAGACAGAAGUGGGCGCACUGAGCUGGCUCCAGAGUUCCUUGCCCAGAAGGGCUCCCCCAGGCUGUGGUGAUGACGAGACCACACUUUCCUAGGACAAGAGGAAGGCAGCCAGAUCUGGAUAGGGCCAUGGGGGCUGUCUUUCCAGUGUGCUUCCGGCAUGCCUGUCUGGGUUUGGCUGUGGUGGGUGGGGUGAGCUGGGCUGGGAGGAGGAGCUGAGGGCUGGAGGAACAGGGUGAAUGAGACACAGAGCCCGCCCUCGGGGGGCUUAGGCCAGGUGGGGCAAUGGUCUCAGACACCAGGAAGCACCCAGGCUGCCUCCACCAGGGCUCCGGGGCCCCGUGGGAGACCUCUGGUCUGUGGGCUGGGGGGCUGAGGCGGACGCUGGACCCUCUCAAUCUGUGUAUGUGGAGGGUUUCUGGAGAGGCUCCUUGGCUGAGAAGCCAACUCGGAAGUUGAACAGGGCCUUCAAGGCAGGGCAGGAUGAAGUCGUGGAUGGAUGAAGUCAUCAGCAGGCCCAGACGGAGGGCCCAGGCCAAGAUGGGGUCCAAGCAGAGCGGCUAACGGGGGAUGGAGCCCAGGGGCCGGAAGACGCAGUGCGUCUCUGGGGAGCACCCCCUGGUGGGGGACGGUGCCUCACAGCAGUGCCUUCGGCCUGGCCCUGGUAGCUCUUCUCUCCUUGGGGCCCCCCCACCCGUCUUCCUGUUUCCUGGGCCCUGGCCCCGGCUCAGUGACUCCGGGGGUACUGGGGGAGACCCAGCUACUGCCUCCACCUUUGACAGGGCUAGAGGGCCCCGUGCCAGGUGUCCUUCAGGCUCCGCACCCCGGACCCUUGCUCCUGGGAAGCCUGGAGAGGACAUGGCGUGAGGGCCAGCGUCCUGUCUCGUGGGAGGGGAGCCUCAGCUCCAGCUGCAGUCCCAGCAGUCACCCUCUGAAGGUCAAGUCCCUGCCCCACCAGCUGCUCUGCAGAGGGGCCGCCGUCGGCAGGACUUCGGUGUCCAGGGUAGACCUCCCUCCACUGGAGCGAGGUCCCAGAGUCCUGAGGGGCCCGGCCUCGGCCCCGCACGGGUGCUAGUGUGAUGCGAGCCGGUGGCUCCCCGGGCGCCCUCUACAGAUCUAUUUUUAUAUGGAACCUAUUCGCUGGACAGCGGGAGGGGCCUGCAACCCCCGAGUACGCCAUCCGGGCCCACCCAGGGAGGGGAGGGGCCGGUUGGGGAGGUGGUUCCUUUGAUUUGUG